CUCUUAAUUUUCGAACGAAUAAUCGGUCCUUUCCCAUGUAAUAUUUUUCUCUCUAAAAUUGAUAGGAGUUCAAAACUUGUUGUCUUUCUGAAAAGACUAGUACGUAAUUAUUAGUUUGAUUUUUUCAUCAAAAGUGGCAUGAUUGGUCAACCUAUACGACUCAUGUACCCAGAAAAAAAAUAGGUGGCCAUUUGAACAAUAAAGCCUUUCAUUGAGAACUUUGGUCAAAUGCUAUAAAAACACUGGUUCGGUUAUAUUAAGCCAUUAACUACAUUGUAGGUAGUACCUACUUUUAAUAUUUCCGUUUCGUUUCCAUAUUCAAGUGUAACUAUUUUGUUUAACAUUGAAAACACGUGUGGUUAAUUUUUUAAUUUGCUAACUUUUUGAAAAUAUUUCAUCGUUUUGUGAAUUUGUAGUUCUCCGUUGAAUAAAUAAACAGAGAAACUGAAACCAAUCGAGUAUUAGUAAAAUCAAGCACCAAAUCAAGAUGAAAUCGCUCGCAAAAGACCUCUUGCUCCUGUUCACAUUGAUCUCAGCAUCUGUUCUCGUCAAUGGUCAGCUAAACAUCUCAGUAUCUGUUCCCAUCAUUGGUCAGCUAAACAUCUCAACAUCUAUUCCCAUCAAUGAUCAGCUAAACAUCCAAGUCUACAAUCCUCAAAACGAAGGAAUUUUCCCCGUCGCAUCGAGCUUCAUUUCAAACCAACACGACGCAAUCCUAUUCGACGCCCAGUUCAGCACCAUAGACGGUGAAAAAGUACUACAAAUGAUCAAAACGAGUAAUAAAACCUUAAAACAGAUUAUAAUCACGUGCGGCGACCCAGACAUGUACUUCGGUCUCGAGCCAAUCGUCGAAGCUUACCCAAACAUCUCAAUCGUCGCCACUCCUCGAGUAGUAAAUCGCAUAAACCAAACCAAAGAUUACAAAUUAUCCAUCUGGGGUCCUAAACUAAAAGAAGGUACCCCGAAAAAGAUAUAUUUACCGGUAGCAUCGAACGAAACUAAGUUUACACUUGGACAUCAAACAUUUGAGAUCAAAAGUGGAGAUAAAUACUCCGCUUACGUUUGGAUUGAAAGUUAUAAAACUAUUUUUGGAGGUACUGGUCUGUUUUGGGGUAUUCAUGCGUUCUCGGCUGAUACCCAAACUGUGGAAAGUCGUGCUGAUUGGCGUCAAGUGCUCAAAGAGAUGAUUGCACUUAAACCUAAACGAGUUAUUCCUGGGCAUUAUCUGGGCGAGGUGCCAGCUGGAGAUGAAUCUAUCAAAUUCUCGUUGAAAUAUUUGGAGGAGUUUGAGAAGGUUUUGAAGAAAAAUAAUUAUAAGAAUUCGACUGCGGUGAUUGCAGAUAUGAAAGAGUUGUAUCCGAAUCUGGGUUCGGAAAUUUCGUUGGAGCUGAGUGCUAAAGUGAAUACUGGUGAGAUGAAGUUUUGAAAAGGAGAGAAAUUAAUAUUUUUUGGGAGAAAAAUUGGUUAGCAUAGGUAUGUAUCUAAAUCAUUUAAAAUUGCGAAUAUGUGUUUGUACUGAUAAAGUUCGAAAAUUAGGAAAUUAAUUGCGAUGUUUUUAAAAUUUUUUCAUGUUAUAAAUAUAUCGAAUGGUGAUUAAAUCAACGGAAGCGUAGAGGUGAAUAAUUUAUCGAACUGAUAAGCACACGAAUGAGGGAUGUGAUACUCUUUGAUUUACCUACCAACACUCAAUAAAAAUGACACAAGACGAUGAAAUUCAUCGAUAAAAAAUGUCCACUUUUGUCAUUGCUUCGUUACAGGUAGAUACCUCAUAAAAUUGAACGUCAUAUCGUUGAUCGUGUCUCAGUGUAUUUUUUUUAAAUUUCGUCGUGUGAUUUUAAGUACCUAUGUUUUUUAGUUCAGUUUUUUGAAUUGAAUAAAUAAUUUAAUAGUGCUUAAAUUUAUUUUAUUCUUCGGAAGUAGUGUUUGAUAAUAAAAAAAAGUAGAAACCAAUAUCCAAGAUGUCUGCUGGAUCAUUACAUACUGAAGUUUACAAUCCUCAAAAAGAUGGCAUCUUCCCUGUAACUUCGACACUAGUUUACAGUCAAACCGAAGCUAUCCUGUUAGACGCUCAAUUCAGCACCAAAGACGGAGAAAAAUUGGUACAAUUAAUACAAUCGCUUGGAAAGCACCUCAAGCUGAUAAUUAUCACCUGCGGCGAUCCUGAUUUUUAUUUCGGUCUUGAGCCAAUCGUGAAAGCUUUCCCGAACGUGAAAAUCUACGCAUCUCCACUCAUCAUCGAUCACAUCAAUAAAACCAAAGAUUACAAACUAACAUUUUGGGGCCCACAAUUGGGAGAUGGCGCUCCGAAUGAAUUAUUUGUGCCAGAAGUGACCCCUGAAACACAGUUUACAAUUGAAGGUAAAUGGCUGGGGGUGCGUAGCCGAGAUGAUUACGCAGCUUACGUCUGGAUUCCGAGUAUUAAAACUAUUCUGGGUGGAGUUGGUGUUUCUUGGGGUGUUCACGUUUUUUCAGCUGAUACUGAGACUCCUGAGAAACGAGCGUCUUGGCGUCAAGUGCUUCAAGAAAUGAUUAACCUUAAACCUGAACGAGUUAUUCCUGGACAUUAUCUGGGUGAAGCGCCAUCGGGAGAUGAAGCUAUUAAAUUCACUUUGGGGUAUUUGGAGACUUUUGAGAAGGUUUUGGAGAAGAAUGGGUACCAGAAUUCGGCGGCUGUGAUUGGAGAUAUGAAAGAGGCAUAUCCGAAUCUUGGCAUGGAGAUGUCAUUGGAACUGAGUGCCAAAGUGAUCACUGGUGAGAUGAAGUUUUGAAAUUGAAAAAAAAAUGUUAAAAAUAUGUUUAAUACCUAUGUAUUAAUUUACUAAAAAUUAGAGUUUUUGUUACGAUACCUUAGAUUUUAGAAAUUUUUAAUUAAUUUUUAUAAGAUUGAGUUUACCUAUUGAAAAAAUAUAAUUUUGAGGCAUUUUUUAGAAACUAAA